AUGAGAAGAAGAGAUGACUUUACAACAGGUGAUGGGCAACAUCAUUCUCCAAGUCUCGGGGUUCUUUCGAUUACAGGGUACAUUUUGCACCCGCCAUUCGGCGAUGUACGACGAGCGUCGGGGCGAAGGGCGCGGGGGAGCCGGCGCGUCGGGGCGAGGGGCGCGGGGGAGCCGGCGCGUCGGGGCGAGGGGCGAAGGGCGCGGGGGAGCCGGCGCGUCGGGGCGAGGGGCGAAGGGCGCGGGGGAGCCGGCGCGUCGGGGCGAGGGGCGAAGGGCGCGGGGGAGCCGGCGCGUCGGGGCGAGGGGCGAAGGGCGCGGGGGAGCCGGCGCGUCGGGGCGAGGGGCGAGGGGCGCGGGGGAGCCGGCGCGUCGGGGCGAGGGGCGAGGGGCGCGGGGGAGCCGGCGCGUCGGGGCGAGGGGCGCGGGGGAGCCGGCGCGUCGGGGCGAGGGGCGCGGGGGAGCCGGCGCGUCGGGGCGAGGGGCGCGGGGGAGCCGGCGCGUCGGGGCGAGGGGCGCGGGGGAGCCGGCGCGUCGGGGCGCGGGACGCGGGGGAGCCGGCGCGUCGGGGCGCGGGGCGAAGGGCGCGGGGGAGCCGGCGCGUCGGGGCGCGGGGCGAAGGGCGCGGGGGAGCCGGCGCGUCGGGGCGCGGGGCGAGGGGGAGCCGGCGCGUCGGGGCGCGGGGCGAGGGGGAGCCGGCGCGUCGGGGCGCGGGGCGAGGGGGAGCCGGCGCGUCGGGGCGCGGGGCGAGGGGGAGCCGGCGCGUCGGGGCGCGGGGCGAGGGGGAGCCGGCGCGUCGGGGCGCGGGGCGAGGGGGAGCCGGCGCGUCGGGGCGCGGGGCGAGGGGGAGCCGGCGCGUCGGGGCGCGGGGCGAGGGGGAGCCGGCGCGUCGGGGCGCGGGGCGAGGGGGAGCCGGCGCGUCGGGGCGCGGGACGCGGGGGAGCCGGCGCGUCGGGGCGCGGGGCGAGGGGGAGCCGGCGCGUCGGGGCGCGGGACGCGGGGGAGCCGGCGCGUCGGGGCGCGGGGCGAAGGGCGCGGGGGAGCCGGCGCGUCGGGGCGCGGGGCGAGGGGGAGCCGGCGCGUCGGGGCGAGGGGCGCGGGGGAGCCGGCGCGUCGGGGCGCGGGGCGAGGGGGAGCCGGCGCGUCGGGGCGCGGGGCGAGGGGGAGCCGGCGCGUCGGGGCGCGGGGCGAGGGGGAGCCGGCGCGUCGGGGCGCGGGGCGAGGGGGAGCCGGCGCGUCGGGGCGCGGGGCGAGGGGGAGCCGGCGCGUCGGGGCGCGGGGCGAGGGGGAGCCGGCGCGUCGGGGCGCGGGGCGAGGGGGAGCCGGCGCGUCGGGGCGCGGGGCGAGGGGGAGCCGGCGCGUCGGGGCGCGGGGCGAGGGGGAGCCGGCGCGUCGGGGCGCGGGGCGAGGGGGAGCCGGCGCGUCGGGGCGCGGGGCGAGGGGGAGCCGGCGCGUCGGGGCGCGGGGCGAGGGGGAGCCGGCGCGUCGGGGCGCGGGACGCGGGGGAGCCGGCGCGUCGGGGCGCGGGGCGAGGGGGAGCCGGCGCGUCGGGGCGCGGGACGCGGGGGAGCCGGCGCGUCGGGGCGCGGGGCGAGGGGGAGCCGGCGCGUCGGGGCGAGGGGCGCGGGGGAGCCGGCGCGUCGGGGCGCGGGACGCGGGGGAGCCGGCGCGUCGGGGCGCGGGGCGAGGGGGAGCCGGCGCGUCGGGGCGCGGGACGCGGGGGAGCCGGCGCGUCGGGGCGAGGGGCGAGGGGGAGCCGGCGCGAGGGGGAGCCGGCGCGUCGGGGCGCGGGGCGAGGGGGAGCCGGCGCGAGGGGGAGCCGGCGCGAGGGGGAGCCGGCGCGUCGGGGCGCGGGGCGAGGGGGAGCCGGCGCGUCGGGGCGCGGGGCGAGGGGGAGCCGGCGCGUCGGGGCGUCCCGCGCGGCAGGAGCUUCGCCUUCGGCGGUGA